UACAACGCCAUGCUCCCAACCAAGGAAUUAGUGGGGCAAGACCUCCAAUACUCCUACUACCAUUACCUCGUCUUCUCCGCGGUCCUACUGCUCCCUCUUCUCGUCCUCAAGCUCCGGCUCCGGCAACGCAAAGACAAAGACGGCAACAACCCGCCUCCCGGCCCAUGGCGCCUGCCGGUCAUCGGCAGCCUGCACCACCUCGUGAGCCUCGCGGGCGCACUCCCACACCAUGUCAUGCGAGACCUUGCCGGGCGGCACGGCCCGCUGAUGCUGCUCCGCCUUGGGGAGCUCCCCCUCGUGGUCGCGUCGUCGGCCGAAGCGGCGAUGGCGGUCAUGAAGACCCACGACGCCGCGUUCGCCACGCGGCCGCAGACGGCCACGCUCCGCGCGCUCACCAAGGACGGCCUCGGCGUCAUCUACGCGCCCAACAGCGACCACUGGCGCCAGCUCCGCAAGCUGGUCACCACCGAGCUGCUUAGCGCGCGGCGCGUCAAAGGGCUCCGCGUCACCCGCGAGGCCGAGGUCUCCAGCCUCGUGGCGUCCAUCGCGUCGGCGUCGGCGUCGCGGUCCUGCAAGGAGCCCGUCAACCUCAGCUCCCUGCUGUCCAGGUUCGUCACCGACGUCACGACGCGCUCCGUGGUGGGCGACUGGAUCACCGAGCGCGAGGCCUACCUGGAGGCGAAGCGGCAGGUCGUAAAGAUGGCUGCCAAGUUCAGCCUCGCCGAUCUGUUCCCGUCGUCGCGUCUCGCCCGCAUGUGCAGCGGAGGAGUGCGCCAGGCGGAGGCGUGCAACCGUGAGAUCAACCGUAUCAUGGGCAAGGUCAUCGAGGACCACCAAGCAAGGAAGUCGGCUGGCACCGGCGGCAAGGAAGAGGUCAUCCUCGACGUGCUGCUCAGGACACAGAUUGACGGUGUGCCUCUCGACAUGGGAACCAUCCGUGCCGUCAUCCUCGAUCUUUUCGCCGCCGGGAGCGAGAGCUUCGCAACGACGCUGGAGUGGGCCUUGGCGGAGCUGAUACGGAACCCGACCACGCUCCACAAGGCGCAGUCCGAGGUGCGACGCGCCCUCGCCGGACAGACCCGCGUAUCGGAGGACGCCCUGCGCGACCUCCCCUACCUGCAUCUGGUCAUCAAGGAGACUCUGCGGCUGCAUCCCACAGGCCCGCUGCUCCUCCCGCGGGAGUGCCGGGAGCCCUGCCGCGUCCUCGGCUUCGAUGUGCCCCAGGGUGCCAUGGUGCUUGUCAACGCCUGGGCGAUUGGCCGCGACGCCGCCAGCUGGGGCGCUGACGCCGACGAGUUCAGGCCGGAGAGAUUCCAAGGCGACGGCAGCAAGGUGGAAUUCUAUGGGACGGACUACCAGUUCCUCCCGUUCGGCGCGGGCCGGAGGAUGUGCCCUGGCGUAUUGUUCGCCCUCGCCAACGUGGAGCUCGCCAUGGCCAGCCUUCUCUACCAUUUCGACUGGGAGCUCCCGGGUGGCGUCGAUCCGACUAAGCUGGACAUGACGGAGGGGUCCGGGCUCUCUGCAAGGAGGAAGAGCGAGUUAUGGUUGAAUGCCACUGUUCAAGUCACUGUUCCUGAGUGAAUCCCUCUAAGGUUUUCGUUUCUACAUAAAGAAAACCUUUAUUUACUACCGAUAUCCAACAGUUAGGUACACCCCUGUUCCAUAAUGUAAUGUAGUGCAUAUAGAUUUUUAAAAAAGUCAAAUCACAUACUUUGACCAGUUUGCGAGGUAGGCCAAACAUAUAUCAUUAGAUUCAUCAUAAGACGUGGUUUCAAAUUUUUGUAUAUUUGGUAUUGUAUAUUGUAUGUUGUGGGAAUUGCACGAUGUAUUGCAUUUCGUGCAUAGGCACGUAUA